GAGCGUCACACCUGUGUGCAGUUUGAGGCGCUAAUGACUUCAGGCUGUACAUCUGUGGUGUUGCUGUCUUCAGCCGUUUGUUCCUCAGGAGAUCCCUGCUCAGCCUGAUCCCAACCUGCUGCUGCUGCUGCUAAUACUUAUUCCACCAGAGCAGAGGAACAGGAUCUGUACACUCGCCACACACCUGAGACGGCUAGCAGGAGUUGACCCAGCAUCAUGGACGUCAUCUUCCAGUUGCUGUUCUCUCCUCUUCCGACCCCAGUGGUCAUCUCCCUGAUCGUGGUCGGCGUUGCAACCCUGUUUUACCUCAACGCCCGGCCCAGUCCGGUCCGCAGCCCAGCCGACCUCAACCGCCAGACUCUAGGGGUCAAGGAUGGUGCAAGAAAAACGGCCAUGUUGGAGGACAACAACAACCUGAUGUCAUAUCGCUACAAUGAUGCAAAAACCCUGUAUGAGGUCUUUCAAAGGGGCAUUAAGGUUUCAGGUAACGGACCGUGUUUGGGCUACAGAAAGCCUGGGAAGCCUUACCAGUGGCUGAAGUACAAACAGGUGUCUGACAGGGCACAGUAUCUGGGGUCAGGACUCCUUCACAAAGGUUUGAAGCCCAAUUCUGAUACAUUCAUUGGUAUCUUUGCUCAGAACAGACCUGAGUGGAUUAUCGGUGAGAUGGCGUGUUACACGUACUCCAUGGUAGUGGUCCCCCUGUACGACACUCUGGGUCCUGAGGCUCUCGUCUUCAUUAUCAACCAAGCUGGGAUCUCUAUGGUGCUCUGUGACAACCAGAAGAAAGCAGAAGUGCUGCUUCUGAACCACGAAAAAGGCCAAACUCCCGUUCUCAAAACUGUUGCGCUCAUGGACUCGUUCAGCCCCGAGUUGAUCGAGCGAGGAAAGAAGUGUGGUGUGGACAUCGUCUCCAUGGAGGACUUGGAGGCACUGGGAAAAAAUAACCUUCAAAAGCCAGUAUAUAACCAGGUUCAGAGUGGAGCCACGUCUCCCUUUCAGAAAUGGCUGCUGAACUUUGCAGCAGAGAGGAAGUACGCUGAGGUGAAGGAUGGCAUCGUCAGGAAAAACAGCAUAUGGGACAAACUCAUUUUCCACAAAGUCCAGGAGUCUCUGGGGGGCCGUGUGAGGAUGAUGGUGACUGGCGCUGCACCCAUAUCACCAUCUGUUCUCAACUUCCUCAGGGCUGCCCUAGGCUGCCAGAUCUUUGAAGGAUACGGUCAGACAGAGUGUGCAGCUGCCUGCACGUUCACCUUACCAGGAGAUGCCACUGCUGGUCAUGUUGGCGUGCCUCUGCCUUGCAAUUUUGUGAAGUUGGUUGAUGUGGAAGAGAUGAACUACUUUGCUUCAAAUGGUGAAGGAGAGGUUUGCAUUAAGGGCACAAAUGUAUUUAAGGGCUACUUGAAAGACCCAGAAAAGACUGCAGAGGCCUUGGACAAGGAUGGCUGGCUUCACACUGGCGAUAUUGGUAAAUGGCUUCCGAGUGGAGUCUUGAAGAUUAUUGACCGUAAAAAGAACAUCUUCAAGCUGGCUCAGGGAGAAUACAUCGCCCCGGAGAAGAUCGAGAACGUGUAUGUCCGCUGCGGCCCUGUGGCCCAAGUGUUUGUGCAUGGAGACAGUCUGCAGUCGAGUCUGGUUGCCAUUGUGGUACCUGAUGCUGAUGUCCUGCCAGGUUUUGCAAAAAGUCUUGGCAUCCAAGGCUCCAUUGAAGAACUCUGCAAGAGCACAGAAGUUAAAAAGGCCAUAAUCACAGAUAUGACCAAACUAGGAAGAGAAGCAGGUCUGAAGUCAUUUGAGCAGGUGAAAGACGUGCAUCUCCACCCGGAGCUCUUCACCAUCGAGAACGGCCUGCUGACUCCCACCUUGAAGGCGAAGAGGGCUGAGCUCAAAGAGCUGUUCCAGCCACAGAUUGACAAACUUUAUGCUGACAUCCAAUAAAUUAACCCUCAAACAGAAAA